AUGGCCAGCAAAGCUCGCGCUUUCCAACGGGCAUGCCGGCUACGUCUUCCCAAGGCCAAUGGCAAUGGUCGCCUUCCCAAGUCCUCGACUGGCAUCUCGGACCACUCGCCAUGUCCUUGUCUGCCGACCGAAAGGCGUGUGCUCUUCCCACCUCAUGUUCGACCCGCAUCGCGCCUCGACAUUUCUGAUCAGGCCCGGCCGCCGCAAUCACAGAGGCGCCAUGCAAGCACAAGCUCUGGUAGACGAGCCGUCACCGUCACCACGGAUGAUGGCCGCUACAACUGGAGCGAGCUGAGCACGGGGGAGAAAGCAGCGCGGGGAACCCAGCAGACAUUCAACUUCGUGCUCGUCUCGCUGGGUCUUGUGGGAACAAUCACUAUCGCCUACCUACUGUACACAGAGCUCUUCUCUCCUUCCUCCUACACGAUCCAGUUCAACGCCGCUGUCUCUCGCAUAAAAUCCUCAGCGGAAUGUCGCGCCCUGCUCGGCCCCGCGUCCCAGAUAAAGGCCUACGGCGAGCCCACCGCCAACAAAUGGGCCCGUGCCCGUCCGCUGGCCCAUUCCACCGAUGUAGACAAAUUCGGCACAGCCCACCUCCGAAUGCAUUUCAACGUCGAGGGCACCGAGAGCGGAGUGACCGGAGUGGUGAAUGUGCAUAUGACGAAGCCCAAGGAUGGCGACAGACUGGAAUAUCAGUUGUUGAGCUUGACGGCCAAGGGCCAUGAGACGGUGUAUUUGGAAAACAAAGAUGCGGAGAAAGGGUUCAAAGGGAAAGCUGCAAAGAUGUUCGGUGUUCAGUGGCGGUAA